UAUCACACAGCCAUUGCCAUGACCUUUAAGAGUUAUCCUCCCUCUAUAUAUAUACACAUACGUACCUCCUAUAUGGUCAUAUAUUUCUUUUGCAGUGUGAUUGUACUAUGGAGUUGCGAUGAUUUGUUAUGUUUUGACUUGCUAAAGGAGGUCUUUCUCCAACCAACAAGCUCUUUCGCCACAUACUUCUUUAUGGGUUCAAAAGCUUGCAAUUAACUAAUUUUUGUUGAUCUACAGCUUAUUGAGAAAUGGAUUCAUUUCGUGUGAUCGUUGUAUGCUUUUGGAAUGGUUCUAUUCGAUCAACUAGUAACAAUGUUAAGUAUGUUGGGGGAAGACGUAAACUGUUUGCAUGCAACUCAUACAUGGAUUUGAAUGAAUUUAAACAUUUUAUAUGCUCUAAGAUUGGCAUUGACACUACAAGAAGUACUGUUAAUUUAAGUUUUAAGUACAAUAGUGGAGAUUUGUUAGCUUUUCCGGUUGAGGAUGAGGAGGCUAUAGAUGCGAUAUGGGAGUAUUCAAGGUCUACCCCUACUCCUUCUUUAGAGUUAUAUGUAGAAGAGGUACCCCUAGGGAAUGAAGAUAUCAACGUUGUGGAAAUAAAUGCAUUCAUGAAUAUAACUUCUUCUACUCCUUCUCAUACGCCCUUUCCUACCCAAGAAAUCCAAAUUCCCUUUAUGCCAUCUUCCUCUUGUCUUUCUAAUGAACCCAAUCAACUUCAAUUUCAAGUCUCAAAUGAUGAUACUUUUAACUUAGAAGAUACAAAUGAGCCUUGGGAUGAUGUUAAUAGUGAGAGUAAUGAAUUUGUUGAAGCUCCUUCUGAGGAUGAUUUGGUUGUUGACGAGGAGGCUCUUGCUAACACCGAGAAGGCAAACUACCAUGAAGGCAAACUACCAUGAGAUCGUCGCAUUUGACUACAGACGAGGCCUUUUCCAAGUUAAGACUGGACGUGGUAAUAGAGGAUCCGCCAAGGGUGGUAAAAUACAAAGUGUAGAUAUGAGAGAGAUGAAAUGCACUUGUAACAAACCCAUAUAUCACUUACCUUGUUCUCAUGUUCUUGCCGUAUGUAUUAAACGACACUUAUCCUACGAGCGUUUUGUGGACUCCUGCUACACGACCCAGAGCUAUGUUAACACAUAUGCAUCCAUAUUCUUGCUGUUGAUUGAUAAAAGGUCAUGG